AUGUGGAUCGUGCGGGGGCCGAGUGUCUUUGCAUCAUGCAGAAAUAUCUAUGCUUCUCGACGGCCUAGCUAUCGGUUCUUUGCAACCCAGUCUUAUGAGCCUCUCCGGAUUCUCUUUUGCGGCUCUGACGAAUUUAGUAUUGCCUCCUUGAAAGCUCUCCAUGUCUACCAUUUGAAGAAACCUAGUCGAAUUGCCUCAAUCGAUGUUGUUUGUCGACCAGGGAAACGGGUUGGCAGAGGCCGGAAGACGAUUCGAGAAGUUCCUCUCAAGGAGGUAGCAUCGUCUCUUUCGCUGCCGAUCCAUGAAAUCGAUACUUUCACGGGAUGGACGCCACCAGUCACGUCGAAUGGUCCCGUCAACUUAAUUAUUGCCGUUUCCUUCGGACUGUUUGUGCCUCCACGUAUUCUGAAUGCUGCCAGCUAUGGAGGCUUGAACGUGCAUCCCUCGUUGCUUCCAGACUUCCGUGGCCCAGCGCCGUUGCACCAUACUCUUUUGGCUGGUCGAACCACCACUGGUGUGACUUUGCAGACAUUGCAUCACAAGAGCUUUGAUCAUGGGACGAUCCUUUCUCAAACCCCAUCUCCUGGGUUUGAAAUUCCUAGUCCCGAAUCUUGCACUGUUCCUGAAUUGGUGGAUCUAGUUGCACCUAAGGGAGCUGAAAUACUGGUAAAUGGCAUUGAAAACGGCCUGUUUGUGCCACCACUCAAGGAUGCCGGAUGGCGUGCCGCCGAAGGCACUGAUGAUCUGAUCCAUGCCGGUAAAAUCAAGCCGGAGGACCGAUACAUCGACUGGCCGAACUGGUCACUGCUCGACAUCAAGCGGCGCAACACAGUUCUUGAGUCUCUAUGGAGCAAUGCACUUGCUCCGGUCACUGCUGCAGAUGGAUCUACAUCUUUCCAGUACAAGCGUGUCAUCUUCACAGAUAUUGAAGAAGUGAAACCACCCAAAGGAAGCGAUUGUUUCUCGGUUGUUCCAGGGCUACCAUUUGCAAAUACUGCCCAUCCAGUUGGGCCAAAGAAGGGAAGAGAACUUUACGUCUUUACCAAGGAUGGAAGGGUCCUGCGCAUCAACAAGAUGAAAGUGCAGGGAGAGGCAGAUGCUGAGGGGCUUCGUGCUGCGAUCAAGGCUCGCAUGUUUGGUGAUCAGUCUUUCCAGUCGGAAGGCAUGGACUUUACUCCAUUCCGUAAUCCUCUUUCAUAA